GAAAAGAGUGUUUUUUUAAGAAAAGUAUUUGCAAAAGCUCCCCUCCUCCCAACACGCCGCCGCCGCUCUUCCUCCUCCCACCUGAACUCUCUCUAGUUUACCGAUGACCACUCUAACGCCGUAACUCUCUCAUUGAGUUCUUCAGCGAGCGAGCGGAGAUCGAAGCUAACUCCUGCUAGAACGGAAAAGGGCCACCACCGCGCCAAUCUUGUCCGAAAAACCCACUGGCCUUGCCGGAAGCUGCGCAGUAGACGGAGGAUUUCUCCAGAGGUCAUAGGGCUCCCUUUCUGGUGAUUCCGCCGCUGCAAACGCCGACGAUCGUAUAUAACAAGAGUAUAAGAGAAUUAUGAGCUCGUUUAUUGGUGGGACUCAUCGCCCUGCCCCCAUCAAUAUUAGUGGGCAUUAAGAUCGAUUGUUACAUAGACAGGCAAACAUUUCCCAAGCCUUCGCUUCAACCGUGGAUGAUUUCCAAUACAAAAUGAGAAAGACUGGCUUUUUGUUUAAAACCCAUGCUGGAAAGUUCUCUUUUUCUUCUUGCUCAGCGUUUUGUCACUCUCCACAUUGUCUUCACCCCUCAGUACCAGCAGAACCAGGCUUCCAGAACCCAUCUAAUGUCCUUCAGAAAUUCAUAAAACCAGGCCAGAAUUUUGCUGCUUCUUUAGCUCUGAGGCACUUGAGCACAGCCCAUUCCGAAUAUAAAGGAGACCAAUCAAGCAGAGAAAACUGCCCAAUCAACUAUGAUACAAGUGAAGAGGCGGAACCAAUUGAUUAUUGGGAAGAAGAGGAAGAAGUUGAACCUGAGAUUGGUGAUGGAGGGGAUGGUGGAGGUGUUGUUUUCCAGAACUGCCAUUGGGGAGAGAAAGCAUUGUCCAUUGCCAAUCAGGUAGUGAAGGAACAUACUGUUGACAUGGAGCUCUAUGCUUUCAAAACUUCUCCUAGGGGAUACAUCUAUGUGAGACUCGACAAACUUACUAAUGAGUUUAGCUUUCGAAAACCGACCGUAUCACCAAAACCAACCCAAAGUCACAAAAACCAAAGUAUGGUUGCCCAACCAUGGAUGAGAUAGAAGAUUUCAGCCACCAAUAUAAGAAAAGAUUAGAUGAAGCAGGAACAGUGGAAGAUUUUCCAGAGGAUUUGGCUCUUGAGGUGUCAUCUCCAGGGGCAGAACGGCUACUGAAAGUGCCAGAUGACUUGAACCGUUUCAAACACAUGCCGAUGAGAGUGAGCUAUGUGGAAGACGGAUCUCACGGUCUAGAAACUAAUAAGAUAUUUUUCUUGGACUGUAUCAACACUGACUUAGGAAAUUGUGUGUGGAAGCUGGUUGAUGUGAAAGAAAACCGGGACCCGUCUGCUAAAGGAAGACCACUAAACCGUAAACAAAAAGAUUGGAGACUCACACUGCCAUAUGCUACGAUGAAACGGGUAACAUUGUUCAUCUCCUCCUAAAUCAAGUGUAGUCUAUCCAACCUCAAAUCUUCAAAACAUGUAAUGGAAAACAGCAUGUUUUUUACAAAUCAUGUAGUGGAGUACAAAAACACUUUUUUGUUGCUUUUGGCCGGAAGAUGGACAAUUUUGGAUAGAGGUAAAUUUUUGUGAGCAUGGAGUUAAACUUUGAACAACUGGUACCCUUUCUUGUGCUGUAAGACUCUCCACAUUAACAGUUACUGAUGUUAUCUCUUUCCCUUUAAACUACUGCACUUGUUAUUCUGUUGUGAUAAUUGAUAUUAUAAUGUUUAUGGUUUGGAACACAAAAAACUUUGAUCCGUGAACAAUAAUGAACUCUGGUCUGCAUUCUUAAGAAGGCCCAGCCAAGGAC